GCAGCAGCAGCGGCAGCAGCAGCAGCAGCAGCAGCAGCAGCAAACCCUCCACCAGGAGCCCCAGGUGACGAUGCUCUGGCUCCCCCCCAGUGUCCGGGCUGUGGCUCCGCAGCAGUGGCUGGCUUCCCCUGGGAUUACCUUCAGUGUCUGGCUGCUGCUGAGUAACCUGUGGGUCCAGAUGUCUCUGGCUUCCUCAUUCCUGACAGGUUCAGUUGCUAAAUGUGAAAAUGAAGGUGAAGUCCUCCAGAUCCCUUUUAUCACGGACAAUCCAUGCAUAAUGUGUGUCUGCUUGAACAAAGAAGUGACGUGUAAACGAGAGAAGUGCCCACUGUUCUCCAAAGACUGUGCCCUGGUGGUUAAGCAGAGGGGAACCUGCUGUGAACGAUGCAAAGGCUGCAGUUAUGAAGGAAAUACCUACAACAGCUCCCUAAAAUGGCAGGUUCCAGGCAACCCCUGUGUCGUCCACCAGUGCCAGGAAGGCGUCGUGACCAAGGCAGAAAUGCGCUGUGUGGUUCAUUGUAAAAAUCCCAUCAAGCAACAGGGGAUGUGCUGCCCCACCUGUCCAGGAUGUGUAUUUGAAGGAGUUCAAUACCAUGAAGGGGAAGAGUUUCAGCCUGAAGGGAACAGAUGUACCAAGUGCUUGUGUACCGGAGGUCAGACCCAGUGCGUGAGAGAAGUCUGUCCCAUUCUGUCAUGUCCAGAGCACCUGAGUCACACUCCACCAGGACAAUGUUGUCCCAGAUGUGUAGGUCAAAGGAAAGUGUUUGACCUCCAGUUUGGAAGCUGCCUCUUCCGGAGUGAUGUCUAUGACAAUGGUGCCUCCUUCCUCUAUGAUAACUGCACAGUUUGCACAUGCCGGGACUCCACCGUGGUGUGCAAGAAGAAAUGUUCCCCCCCUGGGGCUUGUUCCAAGAGCAGAGACCCCUGCUGUGAAGAAUGCCUUGUGCGUGUGCCUCCCAAAGAUGUCCGAGUGUGCAAGUUCGGUAGCAAGAUCUUCCGGGAUGGAGAGAUGUGGUCCUCCGUUAAUUGCACCAUCUGUGCUUGUGUGGAAGGCAAGACCGAAUGUCAGAAGAAGCAAUGCAUUCCCAUCAACAGCUGUCCACACGGUAAAAUUCUGAAUAGAAAGGGAUGCUGUCCUAUUUGCACUGAAAAGCCUGGCGUUUGCACUGUAUUUGGAGACCCCCACUACAACACUUUUGACGGACGGACAUUUAACUUUCAGGGAACAUGUCAGUACAUUUUGACAAAAGACUGCUCCUCCUCUGCCUCACCCUUCCAGGUGCUGGUGAAGAACGAUGCCCGGCGGACCCGGUCCUUCUCUUGGACCAAGGCUGUGGACCUUCUGAUUGGCGGUGGCACAGUCAGCCUCCAGCAGCAUCUCACUGUCAAGUGGAAUGGUACCCGCAUAGCCCUGCCCUGUGAGACUCCUCACUUCCAUAUUGAUCUGGAUGGCUACCUUCUGAAAGUGACGACCAAAGCAGGCCUGGAAAUCUCCUGGGAUGGAGACAGUUUUGUGGAAGUUAUGGCUGCCCCACACCUGCAGGGCAAACUCUGUGGACUUUGUGGCAAUUACAACGGACACAAGCGGGAUGACUUGAUUGGCGGGGAUGGCAACUUCAAGUUUGAUGUGGAUGAUUUUGCUGAAUCCUGGCGAGUGGAGUCGAAUGAAUUUUGUAACCGGCCCCAGAGAAAGCCAGUGCCAGAGCUUUGCCAAGGGACGGUGAAAGUGAAGCUUCGAGCACAUCGAGAGUGCCAGAAACUCAAAGCCUGGGAGUUUCAACCCUGUCAUUCUACUGUAGACUACACAACAUUCUACCGGUCCUGUGUGACAGACAUGUGUGAAUGUCCAGUCCAUAAAAACUGCUAUUGUGAAUCUUUCCUGGCAUAUACCCGGGCUUGUCAAAGAGAAGGGGCCAAAGUCCACUGGAAGCCAGAACAAAACUGUGCAGCCACGCAGUGCAAACAUGGCGCUGUAUAUGACACCUGUGGGCCCGGAUGCAUCAAGACAUGUGACAACUGGAAUGAGAUUGGCCCCUGCAACAAGCCGUGUGUUGCAGGCUGUCACUGCCCUGCCAACUUGGUACAUCACAAAGGAAGAUGCAUCAAACCAGUCCUCUGUCCCCAACGGUGACCUUUGUUCAGAGCCAAAGACUUGGAAAGUCGGUGUCCUUGACACCUGCAUUAAACAGCAAAUGAAGGACUAUGGGUUUUAAAUGCAGAUUCUGCAAAACCAUACCCACAGUACAUAUAUGUAAAUAUACAUAUAUGUACACAUCUAAACAUAUACAUGUGUGUAUGUAUAGAUGUGUAUGUAUAGAGAGAUAUUUGAAAACAUACAACAUUUAUAUAAACAAUAGAAGGAAGAAUUAUUAUAUGUAUAUUUUUUGCUAUAAGACAUGUAUUAUUUCUAGGAUUCUAAUCUGUAAACCAUGGCAGUUAUUGUAUAAAUAAACCCAAAGUUUCUAAUUUAAUCAGGUGGCAUGGCAGCCUUCUGAAUGGCUUUCCCAUUGCAUAAACUUCAAGGAAGUUUUCUAAGAACCCAAAGUGUUCCAGUGGCAUUCAUUUUGACCCUGAACCAGGAUUUGUAGUUGGAUGGAAAACAUGUCUCCCUGCAGGAAGAGGAUUUAUCUGUGGGCAAGAAAGGAAUGUGUGCUUGUGAAGGCUGGCCAGGGGAUUGGUGAUGAGAGUGAAAAUGGAUGUACAGCUGGGUCUUCGGAGCCAUGUUGUUGAUAGUGUUUCCAAGACUGCCUGGCCAGAUGCCAGGAUGGCGAUAUUUGUCAGUGGAACCAAACUUAAGAGCCAAAUAAUUUCUUGAUUUAAAGUACUCCUUUUUAUUGUAUUUUUAUGUGUCUACCCCUCUCUCUCUCUCUCUCUCUCUCUCUCUCUCUCUCUCACACACACACACACACACACACACACACACACACACACACACACACACACACACACACAGCAUCCCAACAGUCUUAGUUCAGCUUUAAUGACUUAUAACUACCCUAAGACUUUUUCAUAUUCUAUAAAGGCAGAGUGGUGGAAUUAGACAGAGGGGUAACAGUAGAACCAAGAAGAUGGUUUAAAAUCCCACUUCUGACUCAUAUGGACUGUGAUUCAGGACGUCACAUAACCUCUCAGCCUCCUUGACUAUAAAUUACAGACAAAUGGCUAACCUGCAUUGGUAGAGGGACUUUCUUCAUUCAGGAAUUCUCUAUGCCGAUGAAAUCACAGAUCCAGGUCCAAUCUCAAUAUUAAUCACCUAAUGAUCCAGAAUAUAUUAAGCACCUACUAUGUGCCAGGCAUCGUGCUAAGUGUUGUGGUAUAGAGAGAGCAAAAAUGGCUUCUACCUUCUAGGUGCUUAUCUUCUAAUGAGAAGAAAACAUAUGUAAGCCAGGAUAUGCAAGCUAAAUACAGAAUAUCUAGAUGGAAGGUAACUCGAGAUGGGCUGGCACUGGCAGCCAGGGGGAACUUGGAAAAGCUUCCUGGAGGAGAUGGUUCUCGUGAUGAGUGUUAAAGGCAUCUAAGAAUCAGAGGUUGGAGAGAGAGAGAGCAUUUCAGGCAUGGAGAAUGGCCAGUUCAAAGGCCUAGAGAUGAGAGCUAGGAUGUCAUGUGAAAGAAAUAGCCAGAAGGCCAUUUUGACUGGAUGAUAGAGUAUGUGGGGUGUAAGAAAACUGGAAAAGGUAGGACAGGGAUAGCCUGGGAAGAGUCUAAGUAGCGAAGAAAGGACCGGAUGUGGGUUACAUUUUAGAUGUGAGAUUUAUCUGAAAGAAAUGUCCAUUUAGUCCAAACCCAAGGAGCAAAAAUUCCUACCACUUCUUAAAUACAUGCUUAUGUGCCCUCUAUUUGUAUUGAGGAAACCCAUGACCUCCUGAGGAAGCCCUUUCUCCUUUUGGAUGAUUCUAAUUAUGAAUGAGUUUCCUGCUACACUUACUUCCUCCUUGUCCUGUCCCCUGGAGCCAAAGCAAACUUGAUUCCUUUUCACAAUGGAGACGACUACCCCUUUCUCACUGAUCUCUGGGCUGGAUAUCCUCAGUUCCUGUGAUGAUCUUUGGAAUGGUGACAUUUCCAGUUCUCUCUGCAUCCUGGUCACCCUCUUCUCUUUGUUGAUCCCUAUAGUAUGUCUAUGUUAUUGAUUAAAGCUUGACUUUCUGCUAAAGUCCUUGUUCAAUGUUUUGCUGUAGUUUGAUUGUGAAUCUGGGUUUCCAAAGCCUAGACCAGCAGAGCAUAACCUCUAGUUUCCCCCACCCCCAUUAUAAUGUGAUGUCCCAGAGCAGGUGCUGGGUUUUUGUCCUUUCUUUGUAUGUAUAACACUUAGCACAGUGACUAAUUAAGAAAGAGGUUAUUGAUGCUUGUUGAACUGAGGAACCUGACUGCACAAGAGUGAAGCAAUUUUGCCCAUAGGGAGUAAGUGACAAAGGUAGGAUUAGAUUCCACAUCAUAGAAUCCUAUUGACCCCAGAGGCCCUUUGGAGGUGAUCUAAUCCAACUCUAUUUUUUGGGGGGGCUGGGCAAUUGGGGUUAAGUGACUUGCCCAGGGUCACACAGCUAGUAAGUGUUAAGUGUCUGAGGCCAAAUUUGAACUCAGGUCCUCCUGAUUCCAGGGCCCGUGCUCUAUCCACUGUGCCACUUAGAUGCCCCCAACUCUUAAUUUUAUAGCUGAGAAAGCUAAGGGCCAGAGAAAAGGAGGGAUUGUCCAUCAUUAUAUAGGCAAUAAGCAUCAGGAGAGAUAUUUGGUUCAUAGAGAUAGGCCUGCAAAGGACCAUAGAGGUCAUUUAGUCAAACUGCCCCCCUUAACAUUUGAGGAAAUGAGGUUCAUAAAGUUAAAUGAAUUCCCCAAGAUCACAAAGGCAAUAAAGCACUGGUGGUGGGACUUAAAACCCAGUCCUCUGAUUCUGGGUCCAGUGUAUUUCCCACUGCCCCUUGGACCCCACUGCCCUUGGUGCCCUGUACAUGUAGGCCUGUUGUCCCAACACCAGACCAGCUACAUCUGGACUCAUCAUCGAGAUGGCUGGAGGAUGGUACCUCUUUCUGCCCCCAGAAACUCUCAAAGUUUCAUCUUCCAAGUCAUGGAAAGCUUGUAACCUGUUUCACUGGUACUCACACCAAUGAGAUCACAGACUCUUCAAGUAAUGGAGUGAUAAUAGUUGAUUAGUUUUCUGGCUGACAUAUUUAUUUUUAUUGAGUGUCUGAGAACAGAUACAUAACAGGAUGGGAAUAGGGAAAAGUGCACAGAGGGCAAGAAUACACCUUUAAUGAAUAUGUUACCCAUUUCACAAAUAAUACUAUUGUAUCUCAGUUAAAUACACGUAUAGAAUUUCAAGAGAAUUGGGGCAAUUCAUAUAAACUGUGGCUCUAUUUAGCUCCUGAAAGUAAAUGGUUUAAUGUGUUCCCAACAGACUCAUGAUAACAGAUCUAUUUGGUAUCUCAAUAUGUCAUAGUAAUUAGAAAGGAAGAAAGCUUAUAAUGACCAGGUAAUUCUCCCUCUUCAAACUGGGAGCAGUCUAAAGAUAACACACAUUUCUAGGGCAAUUCUAGCCUCAAGGCAAUUUUUUAUUCUUUGUUUUUCAAAUAAUAUAUUGAAUAUUAUUUCUGAAAAUGUCAACAAGCCGAAACUCACUGAUGUAGAAAAAUGCAAUGUCCUGUAUCGUCGUGAAGGAAAGGGCUUGUUCUUUAAAACAAUGUGUUUUUCCUUGACAUUGGUGCUGGGCUGUACUUUGUAACAGACUAGGUUUUAUUCUGGUGUUCUGGUGACCCAACAUAGGGGUUCAUGUCAUUUCAUUGGUCCAAAUAA